AAGGAAACCAGCAUCGGUCCAGUGGCUGUGAUGGAAAAAGAUUAUUACAAGAUUCUUGGGAUCCCGUCAUGGGCCAACAAAGAUGAGAUCAAGAAAGCAUUUCGGAAGAUGGCCUUGAAGUACCACCCAGACAAAAACAAAGAACCCAACUCGGAGCAGAAGUUUAAGGAGAUAGCAGAGGCCUAUGAUGUGCUGAGUGACCCUAAAAAACGGAGCCUGUAUGACCAGUACAGGGAAGAAGUCUUGAAGACUGCCGGUGGUUCUUCAGGUGGGUCCAGUGGCACUGUUCGCUACACCUUUCAAGGGGACCCUCAUGCUACCUUUGCCUCCUUUUUUGGCAGCUCCAACCCUUUCAAUAUAUUCUUUGCCAGAAGCCACUCCACUUGGCCCUUUGGUAACUUUGACCCAAAUGACGUGGAUGUGGAUGAAGAUGAGGACCCAUUUGCCUAUGCCCGCUUUGGCUUCAAUGGGUUGAGUAGGGGUCCAAGGCGAGCCCCAGAACCACUGUACCACCGGCACAAAGUGCAGGACCCACCUGUAGUGCAUGAGCUGUGGGUGUCCCUGGAGGAGAUCUACCAUGGCACUACCAAGCACAUGAAGAUUACAAGGCAGCGCCUCAACCCUGAUGGGCGAACUGUGCACAACGAGGACAAAAUCUUGCACAUCGUUAUCAGGCGUGGCUGGAAGGAAGGCACCAAGAUCACCUUCCCGAAGGAGGGUGACGCCACACCUGACAACAUACCUGCCGACAUAGUCUUCGUGCUCAAGGACAAGCCCCACGCACUCUUCCGCCGGGAUGGCACCAAUGUGCUCUACAGUGUCCUAAUUAGCCUCAAGGAGGCACUGUGUGGCUGCACCAUAAACAUUCCCACCAUUGAUGGCCGAGUGAUCCCUUUGACCUACAAUGAUGUCAUCAAGCCAGGCACCCUGAAGAGACUCCAUGGAGAGGGUCUUCCCUUUCCCAAGCUCCCCACUCAGAGGGGAGACCUCAUUGUGGAGUUUAUAGUUCACUUCCCAGAUAGAUUAACACCACAUACUCGACAGAUUCUUAAGCAACACCUACCCUGUUCCUAG